GUUCGGACCACAACUCAUUUCCAACGGAUUCAUCCUGAGGAUACGGUGUAAGGGCAGGAGAAACAAGAACAUGCAAAGAAGGAUGAGACGGUUCUAGAGGGGACUGCUACAUCGAAAUUGGUUACAAGGAUUAGGCUGAACCAAUGGAGGACCUGGAUGAUAACAUUUCAUCUGCUAGGUUCGAGCCUCUUUUCAUUAAAGAGGAGGAAGCGGAUCCAGACGUGACCCCGAUGGAACAAAGAGAGUGCAACACGGGACAAUCUGGGCUCACCUUCACAGGAACUCACCUGACUCAAUCAGCCUUGAUUAAGCCAUACUUACAGGAGAUGGAUGAGUUACUGAAAAGCUGCGAGGAGCUCACCGGUAUUCCUUUCAGCUCUCACUUCUCAGCAAGUUACAAUGAAACAAGCCUGACCGAAUCAACUCACUGCCACAGCAAAGAGGAAGACACAAAGGAGAGCUAUGGAGAAAGCAGCAUUUCUCCCCAAGCCUAUCUUUCCACAAGCUACAUCGACACACACAUGGAUAGGACUGGAACAGGAGACCAGCAAGCACAAGCUCAGUCACAAGACCUGGGCGCCAUCAUCAACAGGUGUGGAGUGACCACAGAUGUUUCUCGCCAGAGAGAAAUGCCUCUAACUUCGGCGGGUAACAAACUCAGUGACAGCAUGGUGGAGUAUGAGGGUCAGCUGUUGGGGAUGUUGGCCAUGCUGGAGAGCUGUAUGGACGAGACUGGGAUGGACUUUGAGCCUCAAGACUGGGCUGUAGAUGAAAGCCAAGAAUACGUACACAUCAGUACAAAUCCUAAUCUUUGUCGGGGUGCAACACUGGUGCCUAUUCAGCAAGAGAGGCCAGUGAAGUUGGAGACCCGCCCUAUGCAGUUAGGUUUCUGGGCUGGUCAACGUGCAGUUGGCGAUGAAGUUUCCCAGGAGAACAGAACUGAGGCGACAGUAGAUUCGGCAACAAAUGGAAGUCAGCAGAGUUCCCUGCUUCCCUGUGACAGUAUGGACGGCUUCUCAGUGGAAAGAAUGGAAAUGCAAGGGGAUCUGAAAACAACAGAGGGGGUUCUUGACCCUCAGUUUGGGUUUUCAGAGCCAUCAAUGCCAUUGGAAAGCACAGAAAACGACCCUAUGCACUGUGAUGUGACAAACACAGGAUACAUCUCUACUGAUGAGUACACAUACACGAAUGGAGAUGUAGCUGGGAUUGAAGUAGACAACACUGAAUUGCCAGCUGAAGAGGGACAGGAGACCAAGUUGAACACCACUGAUCUGAGAUCUGGCGUGAAUGACCUCAGCGCAUUAGGGUCUCAGAUGGAGGCGUGCAUAGAGGAGGUACAGCGGUUAGAGACGAGGAGGGUGGAACUGCUGGUGGAGGUGCUGGAGUUGAGAGGGGAUAAAGAUAAAGAGGGGGCAGAGGGUAGCAAUGAAGGGAUAGAGGAGCCCAUUGAUAGCAAAGUGGUACAGUUGAUGAAUGCACUGAAGAGGGAGGAAGAGGGGAGAAGAGAGGAGAGGAAGAGGGAGAUUCAGAGCCUUAGGGAGGAGAGAGCAGAGGAGGAGAGAAGGCUGUGGAAGGUGAACCUGGAGAGACAGGGCCUGCAGGAGGAGCUCAGGAAGCUGAAGAGGAGGCUGUUCGCCAUGGCUCGGGACUGUGCUCAAAACCAGGUUGCCCUGCACACCCAGCACCGUGAGGUCGAGCUGCUGAAGAGGGAAGAGGAGAAGCUGCAGUCACUGGUGAUCCAGCUGACAGAAGAGGGUUCCCAGUUCAGGACGGCCCAACAACAACAGCUCUUGGCCCUUCAAACAGAGCUUCAUGCCCAGAGCUCCAGUCAGACUUCCAACACCCAGGACGAGCUGACCCAGUGCAGGAGGCACUCCUGCGUGGACAUCCAGCAGUAUCUGCAGGGUGGGCUGAAAGCGCUGGAAGACAGGUAUGAACCCAUUUUGCUGGCGUUGCUGAAGAGGAGGGAGGUAACAGCUGGAGCCCUGGUAAAAGCCAAAGACCAGGCCCAGGAGCUGAGGGCGCAGCUGAGACCCCUAAAGGAAGAGAUCCAAAAGUUGAAGCUGCAGAGGGCUUGCUUGGAGGAGAAGCUCAAACUAAUUCACAUACAGAGGAGAGAGGAUGUCGGGCAGUACAAGGAGACAGUGUACUGCCUGGAGGAGAGCAGCAGAGAGCUGAAGACUGAGUUAAACAUCCAGAAGAGAAAAACCAAAGAGACGGAGGAGUUGAGAGACAGCCUAACUAAACAACUGCUCCUGUACAGGGCUGCCAUUGAGGACCAUAAGAAGUGUGACGUUGAGGAGAAAACAUAAUUGCAUGUUCUUGAUUUAAAAAGAAAAGGAGUUCAGUGAUUUAAUUACAAACUAUUAUUUUUUAUCUGCAAAAUAGUGAAUUCCCACGAUUCAAUUUAUGCACUUUAUACCCACAAAGAGACAAGCUGUUGCUAAAAAAAGCUUGACAGGCGUUUUAGAAGUCUGUCAGAUGAACUAGGCUGCAGCUUGUAGAAAGGUUUUUGUUAUGAAUAA